AUGGCCGUGCUUGCCCAACGCCUUGGGUUUGACUCGCCGCAUAUACAGACUCUGAUCCAGCGGUCGCCCGAUCGACAGAUGGCGCGCGACAUACUCCUUAAAGCCCGAAAAACGGAUCGUUACCAAUACCCAGAAGAUAUAUUUGAGUCUCUUGUGACUCGAAUCUGUGAGUGUUUCACGGAGGCGGUUCCCCUCGAUCACCCAACUUCCUUUGAACCGGCUAUGGCCAGAGAGGUAAAACUCAAUGAGCGGUAUGGACUCCCCCACCAAAACGCUCAGAGACAGGAUGCUCGAUUACUCUUCCUCGACGAAUUGCAUGCCGACAAUGUACCGCUCGAUAGAAAAGUCACUACUUUGUUCGUGAGACGAUGUUUCUACUUUGCCUUCUUUGGCCAGCUGCCGGAGACUACACCACUGAGCCCAGCCCGGACAAGCUCUCCCUCUUCAGACGGCUCCCUGCCUCACUCGCCACUUUUUGUCCCGGAUGACAGAGUACUUGCACCGGAGCCCCCGGUUGUUUCAGCAACCCAGAGACGCCGUGAAGACCUGAUUGAUGGUCAGAGUCAUCGCGAGGCUGCACGGCAAGACCGAAGACGGCGGAAGCAGGAGGCAAAGGAGCGUAGACGACAAGAGAGACGAAGGCGACGGGGGCUGCGACGAUCAAGUCGUCCGCAUGAUUAUCCUCCGAGGAUCCAAGAUACUGAUGACUAUGACAUGGAUGGGACCCCCGAACCGCCCGUCGUCCAUCCAGAGGAGCCAGAGAGCAUGGAAGGUGAACGAACCAAUAUGGAAGUUGACAGCCCAGUCGUUCCUACCAACCACGACCAGAAUGAUCGCGAAGUUUUUAACGGCUUCGACAGUGACCCAGAGCGUGCUUCGACUGCAACUCACGUUCAGUUCGGUGAGGAAUUGGAAGUGGCUCCUAAUAGGGCAGAUCGAGCCCUUACUGGCGCUGUUGAGAGAACGUCUACCGGGGAGGCUCCAGCCCCGCCAGCAACUGACGCUACAGGGGAUUUGGAGAUGGAGCUGCAGCAUGAGCUUGACCGCUUGGAGCGAGAUGCGGCGGAAACAGCAAAGGACGCUGAGCAGGGAAAUCGAGGGGCAGAAAACCCCGCCACUGAACGUGCCAUAUCUGUUAGACGAAGCAUGACGGAUGUUGAAGACGCGCUAGAAGAGGGCACUGUGCAUUCGGCCACCGCGCGUUCGAAGGACCAAGCGGAGGCUCGUCAAGAGUUGUUGGAUGAUACGGUGGUCCAAGGGGCUGAGCGCCAGGACAUGGGCAGCAUUGCCUCCACAGACAGAUCAGCUACGCAGGCCUUGAACAAGAAGGCAAUGACGAAAAAGGAUAAGCGGCAGGGAGGGGUUGCGAAAUGGGCACCGUACAUAAAUCGGAGCGGUAGGGCAGGUCGAGGCCAACGGGUUACACGAGUCGACUUCACGGAGGUAGAGCUGAGCUCGAACCAACGGUCUCCUUCGAAUGUAUUGCAGCCGGCAAUUGAAGACCAUACGGAAAACGAACUGAUUCGACCGGAGGACAGGCUCCUCGACUCCGAAGGUCCAGGCCGCAGUGAAGUCUUACCGACAACUCCUGGUUCAAAUACAGUCCCUGAUAUCAUGAUCCAUUCCAUAGUUGAGCAAGCGGACACACCAGCUGCACCGGUCGAGUCUGAGGUUGUGGAAUCACGGCAAAACUACUCUGACGAAGGUAGAGUCAAGGAGCCAGCGGACUUGGUCAUGGUCGAAGCUGCAAGUCAACCGCUGAAGGUGUCGAGGAAGAAGUCAGCCCAAAUCAAGGGCCAAGGUCAACGGACAGAUCCAAAAUGGGCGCCCUAUGACGCGACCAGGAGAGACAAUCGAAAACGAGAGGAAAGGCACACACCAGAACGGGAACCACAAGGGCGGCAGCAUACAAGGCCAGUCACACAGAUUAUCUUCAGCGGGCUGGAGCUACCUCCGUCACAGCAGCCACCAGAAAGCGAAGCGAGCACAGAGCACGGACUGUUGCAUCGGGAAGCGACCAUUCCGGGCCACUCGCACACCUCUAAUGACCUAGAUGUACCUGCCGUCGCCCGGGAACAGUUGACUUCUGGAGAGUUACAGGGUCAGGUAGCUGGGACGGUGGACAAGAAAGCGCGACAGGAUCGAGGCCCGUUGGCCGAGUCGUCUGGUCCCGUUCCGCAUCAGGAUGCACAGGAAUCCCGAGCCGAGAAGGUGGUAACUCGGAUUAAUUUCGAGGACUGGGCCAAGACCAUGGCCCAGGAGGAACACGAAGCCAGUUCAAUGCCAGCGCCGGAGCCCUCGAUCACCACAGAGCCGAGAGCAGAGACUGCGUCUCCUAAUGACCAGCCUACAACUGUGAUGGCGGAGUCGAGUCAGGCUGCGACGGCUCGAAGCGCCAGAAAAAUUCUCAAGCCUCACAUCGUCGUCCGACCCGCCCGGGAGGUCCGCAGAGCACCAUCGGCGCCCAAUCCCAAUUCACAAGCUGUCAUGAUCACCUUCCGAGCUCCGGGGGACGAUGGGGGAUGGAAGACAGUCCAUGAACUCCAGGUUAACCCAUCAGACCCGUCCGAGGUGGAACGGGUAGCGCGAAAGGAUGCGAGGAACCAAAAUGCCACUUUUUAUGACAAGGAUCUACGCAAGCUAACGCCAGCGCAGUGUUUCGAGGCCGCGAUUGAGGACGAAACCAAUACAAUUUUCAUGGAAUUCGAUGGGGAGCUCGUCGUGGAUGAAGAAACAAUGGCGUCUAUUGCACGGGAUAUUGAACUUUGA